AUGGCUUAUUAUAGAGAAGAGCCUCUUUAGAAAGGUGAUUAUCAUAAUCGAAUCCCUAAUCAUAAUAAUCAUAAAACUAUCAAGCCAGUAUACAAUGAUGAUCAUAAGAAUAAUGAAAAUUAUUUGUAAAAUCCUAAAAAUUAGUAAUCUUACAUGGAAAUUGAAGUUUAAGAUAGAAAUAAUAAAUAAUAAUAUUAAGGUAAUAAUAAUGAUGAUGAUCCAUUUCCAGAUAAUCCUUAUUACAAUAAAGCUGCUUUAGAUAAGGUUUGUAAUAAAUCAAUAAUAACAUAUAAAGAUUAACCAAAUAGAUUUUAAGAUGAUCUAAAGAACAAUGAAUUAUAAAGAGACAAUUAUAAUUAAAUAAAUUAGCAAUAAUAAAAUGAACCAAUUACUAAAUACUAUAAUAAUGAUUAAAGAGAUAGGUAUUAAGAAGUCAAAAAUUACUAUUAUAAUUAAAAUCAUUAGUAAAAAUCUAUUUUAUCAUCAAAAUUAUAUUCUCGAGAUCAUCUCGAUUAGUAAUAAGAAUAAUAAAAGUAAACUUAAAAUAAACAAUUAGUUAAUUAAUAAUAAAUAUACUAAUAUACAAAUGAAGAUCUUUAAGAAAAUCCAUCAUUUGGAUAAAUAUAAGAUUAUUAAUAAUCAUAAUAGAGAUAAUAAUAAUAAGAUUAUUAAUAACCAUAAUAGAGAUAAUAAUAUUAAUAAUAAUAUUAACCAAUCUAAUAGUAAUUCUCUUAUUCACACUAAUCAUCAUAAGAAUUUAAGAAUUAAAAUACACAAUAAUACAUAUCAAAUUCAACUAGAUAAUAAACUAUUAAUAAGAAUGAGCAUCCAUCUUAAAGAGAAGUUUAAUAAUAAAGAUAAUGUGUUACUUAUCAAACAUAAUCUCCUUAAAGAUUUCAUUAAGAUCUUUCAAUUCAAAAACAAUAACAAUAUUAAUAAAGAUUCCAAUAUCUAGAAGAAUUGAAGAGUAGAAUACCUAAAGAUGAUAUGUUUUAUUCAUAAACUGAUAAAAGAAUGUCUUAAACUGAACAAUAUUAACGAUAAGAAUAGAAUGAAAGAAUAACAAGAAUAAAUCCAAUUGCUGCUGUAAGUAGAAUCUAGAAACCUAAUUAAAUUAAUUAAGAUAAUCAACAUUAUUCUAAGGAUCAAUAUUAACAGUAUUAAUAAUAAAAAAGAGAAGAUUAUUUAAUAUAAUCAAAUAGAAAUAAUUCUAAUUAAUAUCUUAACCUUUAUAAAUCUAAUAAACAUUAUGAUAAUUAUUAGAAUGUUUAAAAUUAAUAGAUUAAUAACUAUAAUCAAAAGACUAGAACACCAAAUCAUUAUAGAGAAGAUAGUUAUGAAAGAGAAAGGUAAUAAUUUAUAUAGUAAACUUCUCAUAUCAAAACAAAUUCUUAUACUAACAACAAUAAAAGAAGAUGA